AUGCAUUAUGCUGUACUUUGUGUUAUUUUUCAGGGGUGUGAAUUUUACACAGAAAGGUUUGCCAGGUAUGGUCAUAUUUACAAGACGCACUUGUUCGGGUCCCGGACCGUGAGAGUUAUCGGUCCUGAUAACGUCAAGAAAGUUCUACUGGGUGAACCACAUCAUGUAACAUCAACAUGGCCGAAAAGUGUUCGGAUUCUUUUAGGAGACGGAGCUCUGUCAAAUAAAUAUGGCGAAACCCAUCGUGUGCAGAAAAGGAUUUUGCAACAGGCACUCGACCAUCGUGCCAUUGCCAAUUUUGUUCCUGAAAUUCAAAAAGUUGUCCAAGAAUGCUUGCACGAAUGGUGCGAUGAGAAGGGAGAACUCCUUGGUUAUUCAUGUUGCCGGGACUUGGCUUUUAGAUUGGCUGGGAAAGUUAUAUUUGGAAUGGAUUUUGAGGAAGCAGAAAAAGAGAAGCUGACGACAGUCUUUAAAACAGUGGUCGACAAUAUGUUUAGUUUACCAAUAAACUGUCCUGGAUUCGGCUUUCAUAAGGCACACGAAUGUGUUGAGCUACUAUUUGCGGGGCACCAUUCUACUGCAAGUAGUACGUGUUCUCUCCUGCUACAACUGUUUAAAAAUCCGGAUGUCUGUGAAAAAAUCAGAAGUGAAUUAAAACUGAACGAGGUUGGUGAACAGAGUAAGAACGAUCUGACCUAUGAAGUUGUCAAUAAUCUUAAUUACCUUGAAAAUGUUAUCAAAGAAAUCCUUAGAAUGUUUCCACCUGUUGGGGGUGGAUUCAGGAAAGCCAAGAGGACCUUUGAUAUUGGGGACUAUGAGGUACCGAAAGACUGGACAAUAGUGUACAGCAUUCGUGAAACACACAAGUCAUCAUCACUCUUCCCUGACAACGAUAACUUCCGGCCAGAGCGAUGGGACGAACCGGAAAUUGAUAUUCCAGGUCUGAGGUUCAACUAUUUGCCUUUUGGUACUGGUACAAGAUCAUGUCCAGGCGAGAAAUUCGCUAAAUUAUCGUUAAAGGUUUUUGUGAUAGAAUUAAUUAGAGGAUGUAAAUGGGAUAUUAAGAACCCAAAUCCCAACUUAACACUUCUACCGGCCCCGAAACCCAUUGAUUUACUCCCAAUUUCCUUUACCAGAAGGCGUGGUUUCCCCUUGUCAUAGUGGUGCGGGAAAGAGCGUCUGGCAAGGACAGUGUCUAGUCGUUCGGAUAAGACCAAAAUCCGAGGUCUCGUGUACCUAUUAGCAUGCACGUAAAAGAACCCUUGCUGUAGCGCAAAAUGUCCCCCGUGGCACACUUAAUGAGCGAAAUCGGACAGAGAAAUUGGAGGUAAAAUUCCAUUUCCAUUUUAUUUUACUUCCUUUGCCAGAACGGAAGUACAAACGACCUAUAGACUGAGACCAUGGUAUUUUGAACAGAGAAAUCUUAGAUUUUAUAAAUACACCCUCGCUCCUUCUUUCCUUCGCUCCGUUAACGAGCGGAGAAGACAAAACCAUGAAGCCGCGACAAAUUGUCAUAAACUAACCACGUCUUGAUAUCGCUUCAGUAUCAGUCAACAGCCGUGAAAGUAAGAAAGCAGUAAAUAAUUGGUGAGAAGCCAAGAAUUCGAAUGACUUCUUCGCUUCGCCUUGUUUAUUUCUUCCCUUUUUGUCUUCGCGCUGUUAACUCCUAGCGAAACGAUGCCUUGACAGGGCGAAAUUCUUUGCCCUUCUAGACUUUGCUUCACUAUGAAUGUAUAACGGGAAGACGAACACAGCAACACAUGAAGGCAAGAAUUGGUUGGUAAAUAAAUGGCUAUUUUGUUGAAUUUGAAAUUUUUUUGAAAAUUUUUAAAUAUUUUAUUGUCUAUCGUUUUUCGAAGAAAUGGGUUCGUCGUCCGUCUGUCUGUCCGUCCGCUCGUCUGUCUGUCCGUCACACUUUUUGGGACACAAUAAUUCUCCUAAUUGAGCUAGAAUGUUUAAACUUGGUGUGUUUAUUAGGUGCCUUGUUUUUAAUUGUUCUCGGUUCUCGGAGGAUGAAUGUGACAGGAAGCCACUAAGGCAUGAAGUAGUUAAAAAUAAAUGGCUAUUUUGUUGAAUUGGAAAUUUUUUUGCAAAGUUUUAAUAAAGUAAAAUGUUUUAUUUUUAAUUAUUAUUCUCGGUUGUAAAUAUUGACGGUUUAAAAUAUGUUAUCUUGUUCUCUUUAACAGGGCUGCCCCGGUAUAAAUUAUUUGAUAAAAAAUGGCUAAAUCUAUUUGCUAAGGCCAACUUAAUUUUCGUCAAGGUCGCUAAACUAAACAGCAAAAGAAAACGCCAGUACGAUUUCAAAAUCAGAGAGGCACGCACUUUAAUCAAAUCAUUUUAGACAACGACUUACUAAAUGGAUGAAAUCAAUUUUUCAUCACAAU